AUGAUUGAAUCAGGGAAGAGAGGGCGCUCUGAGGAGCUUCCUUACUCGAACAAGAGGCAACAGACAAGUGUAGGCUUAGAGCGAUCACCAAGGGAGCCUGCAGAUGAGGAAAUCGGUGCGCUUCUGAACAUUAUACCGGGAAAAGAUGACGAGAGGAUUCCGCUCUACAGUAAGGACGUGACCACUAUUGGGAGAAGCAGAGCGUGCGAUAUUAUUCUGCAAGAGCCUGAUAUCUCUACAAUCCAUUGCGAGUUGAGGCUAGUCAAGAUCAAGGUGGACUCAGAAGAUAAGAAACUCAUCAACAUAGUGGAUAAGAGUCGCAACGGCACCUUCCUCAAUGGGAACAGACUGGUCAAGAAGGAUCAAAUUUUGAGACAGGGAGAUAAGAUCGUUUUAGGGAAAAGCUGUUCUUUCUUAUUCAAAGAGUCGAAGACUAAUUGGGACUCAGUAAGUGAAGAUCUCAAACUGCAACAGUCAGAUGAAGAUAACGUUACAAGGGGGGAAUUGGGAACUCCACCGACAGUGUUCAAAAAACCCAUGGGCUCCUUCGUUCCAAGUCAAGACGCUACAAGGUUGAAGGCCAAAAUGAAGAAGAUGUCCUUCUUCGAUAAAUACCUCCUUGGGAAAGAACUUGGUGCUGGUCAUUAUGCCAUAGUCAAGGAGGGGACCAACAAGGCAACCGGUGACACGGUGGCGGUGAAGAUUUUUCAACCUCAGCAAAACGACGACGAAAAAAAGAGUAAGCAGUUCAGAGAGGAGACUAGCAUCUUGAUGAGCAUACACCAUCCGAAUAUUGUAAAUAUGCUUGACAGCUUUGUCGAACCUUUGAAUAAGGCACAAAUUCAGAAGUACCUCGUUUUGGAAAAAGUGGACGACGGGGAAUUGUUUGAGAGAAUUGUCAAGAAGACAUCUUUGCGGCAAGACGAAACUAAAGCCAUUUUCCAGCAAAUCAUGACAGGGUUGAAAUAUCUCCAUGGGCAAAAUAUUAUUCAUAGAGAUAUCAAACCUGAAAAUAUCCUAUUGAACAUUACAAGAAGAACCUCACCGGUGCAAAUCCAAUCAGGUCCCUGGGAUGAAGACGAAAUUGACAUCAAGGUCAAAAUUGCUGAUUUUGGGCUUGCAAAAUUCACAGGUGAGAUGCAAUUUGCAAACACUCUCUGUGGGACACCCUCAUAUGUUGCUCCAGAGGUCCUUAUGAAAACGGAAUACGAUGCAAAGGUAGAUAUGUGGAGUGCAGGUGUCAUUCUCUAUGUCUGUCUUUGUGGAUUUCCCCCAUUCAGUGACCAACUGGGCCCACCGUCGUUGAAAGAACAAAUUCUACAAGCAAAAUAUGCAUUUUACACCCCAUACUGGGACAAUAUCGACGAUUCUAUUCUUCAUUUGAUUUCUAACUUAUUAGUCCGGGAUCCCAAGAAGAGAUAUGACGUCGAUGCUGUUUUUGCCCAUCAGUGGAUGCAGAGUAGUGGGAUCAAUACUAGAGUUGACAGUAGUAUGGAAAGAUUGCAGCUAACUGACGACAGACUACCAAAGACGUACACUGAAUUGUCAUGUCUGUGA